AUACGAGUGUGCAAAAUUACCUUGGAUCAUAAUAACAGGUUAUGGACCCUUUCCCCCGCGGCACAACUGUUUUUUUUUUUUUUUUAAACCUUUUCAGAGACGCUGCUCCGCUGACGAAGCGGAAGAAACGCUUCGAGGAAUAGAGGGGUGGGAGCCUGGCUCAAAACGUAAAAUCGUUUCUUUACGCUCUCGCAUGCAUUUCGCAUUAUCAUCGUAGUGUGCCGGCAGUAACGCAGAAAUAUCCCUCGCAUUAGAAACAUAUUAAGCGGAAUGUGUAGCAUUGUUGUGCAUGUCAGAUGAGAGUUUGGUGCGCCAUCGAUUACGCUCACUCAACAGGAAAACACGAGAGGUUCUAAACAUUUAACCGUCAGAUGCGAGAGACGCACCUCUCGUAAAAUCAGAAACCCAUUGCAUGGUAGAUCAUUACAGUAAUACGACAACGAUCGAUUUGCUUAUAUAUAACUCUCGCGUUGCAGUUAAAAGUACAAUAAUCUUUGCAUAUCAAAAAAAAACAAAACUUUUUUUUUUUCUCUCUCUCUCUCUGUGAACUGCUGCCUGAGGCUCCGCGCAGGCGCACUGGUUGCUUACUGUCACUAAAACAUUUUUCUUCACAUUGGAAACUGUCACAAGUGACGUCAAUCACCGAGCUCUGACCAAUUAGAACGCAGAAUGAUUGUGCAGCUCCGCGGGCUGCAGCGCCUACCAUGAAUCUCUAUUCAGUAUAUCAAAGCAUCCUGCUGCUGCCUCUCAACCGAAUGGGAUUCCAUGUAGGCACAGAGAUAGGAACUAAACUUUAGGAAGUUUUUUUUUUUUUCUGUAUUUUUCACAGCGAUUAAAAUAUAUUUGUCAUCAUCAUUAUUAUUUUGCCUGCUGUCAAGUUAUUCUAAAAUUAGGAGUAAUGAGCGUGGAUGCGUUGGGAAGCCCCGUGAUGGACCCUACGUUUUCCAAACGGAACACGGCGCUGAGAUUAGUUGACUUGGCAGGGGCGCACCAGCCACACCAUCAUCGCCACCAUACCCCUCAGAGCGUGACAGGCUUCCCGGGGUUCAGCAGCCAUCCACACUCAAUGGCUCACGCGCACCCUGGGGAGAUUACUGCGGAACCCCGCCUGGGGCCGAGUCCAUUCGGGCCAGAACACAUGGGGCACUCCGCGGCCCUCAAAAUCAGCCCAGCCCAUCAUUAUCCCCACCGCCAUCACCACAAUCAUCAUAUUGCAGGCCACAGUGAAGUGGUCUCCAGUCAAACGGGAGCUUUUGGCCCGGUGCAGGCGGCAACGGUCCCGUACUCUAUGUCUCACACGGCCCAGGCGUUAUCCGCAGGUAGGGAUUUCCUCAUUCGACGAGAUCUGACAGCUCAAGCCAUGCCAGUGCUGACCGACCAGACUUCUGGUUCAACCUCUCACCACGGAAUGUUUGUCUCAACAACAGGUAACUAUCCAGGACACUAUGGUCAUCACCCCGACGCCGGGACCCAUACCCUCUUCCCCGGACUUCACCACGAACAGCCCUCUAACGGAGCACCAGGUGGUCAAGCCUUGAACGGACAAAUAAGGUUAGGAAUACCUGGAGAAAUGUACGUUCGGUCUGAUCACUUGAGUCAAGUAGCAAGUUCCAGGGCAGACCCGUUUGCAGCUUCGCCUCUGCACGCCUACGGCGGUCUUAAUCUGAACAUGAGCCUCGGCGCGCACCACCACGGAGCCGGUGCCUUUUUCCGUUACAUGAGGCAGCCGAUCAAGCAAGAACUCAUUUGCAAGUGGCAAGAGCCAGAGCACUCCGCGAAGAAACUUUGCUCCAAAACUUACAGCACCAUGCACGAGCUAGUGACACAUGUGACCGUAGAACACGUCGGAGGACCAGAGCAAGCGAAUCAUAUCUGCUUUUGGGAAGAGUGUCCGCGAGAAGGAAAACCGUUCAAAGCCAAAUAUAAACUUGUAAAUCAUAUCAGAGUCCACACCGGGGAAAAACCGUUUCCGUGCCCGUUCCCCGGCUGUGGAAAAGUAUUUGCCCGAUCGGAAAACCUGAAAAUCCACAAGAGGACACACACAGGCGAAAAGCCAUUUAAAUGCGAAUUUGACGGAUGUGACAGACGUUUUGCAAACAGCAGUGACCGGAAAAAACAUUCCCACGUGCACACCAGCGAUAAGCCGUACAACUGCAAAGUGCGAGGUUGUGACAAGUCGUACACGCACCCCAGCUCUUUGAGAAAACACAUGAAGGUGCACUGCAAAUCCCCACCUCCGAGUUCGGGUUACGAAUCCUCGACUCCGUCUCUAGUCUCCCCGUCGUCGGACUUGGGUCGAGAGCCAGCUCCUUCCGCGCUCUCCGAACCUCUCUCGGGCUCGCAGCCGGCCAAUUUAAGCGAGUGGUACGUCUGUCACAGCUCGGGCGCCAGUGGCAGUCAGACCCCACCCAGUGGUUCAUCCACACCUGACCCUUCAGAGAGACCACCGUACAGGAAUUCUGAAAGAGGGGACACUUUCUAACCACGAGGUUGUACCAGCGCGGGCUCUUGGCAAAGUUACUUUGCUACUUCGCUUCUUACUUUUGGACAGACGAGCGUCCCGGGCUGACUGAAAGACAGACACGUGGGGCUGUGUUGAAUGGCCUAGCGGUACAGUGCACUGGCACAGUGACAGAUAAUGUUACAGCCAAACCACAGACUGAGGUAGCCAACCUGUGUCCCACGUAGCUGAAUAUCAACUAUCUUCACGAGUGUCCGUUUUCUUAAAUAGUGUACUGAUCGUACGCAUGUGGAUGUAUUAUUUUGUAAAUUCUGAUUUUACUUCAAUGACUUCUUAAUUUAUUUUUGAAUCAGUAUUGGAUUUCUUUUUGUAUUAUUGAACCAAAGUGCUUCAAUAUAAAAUGUAAAUUUUGUAAAUGACGUUUUAAUGUGUAAGUGUUAACAGUAAUUUUGUAAGGUUCAGUAUUUCAGCUAUUUUUAAAUGUUUGCUACUAUUGUUUCUAAAAAAAAAUGCUAUUAUUUGAACAAUUUUGAAUUUCAUAAGAAGUAGACAUAUUCCUCUUGUGAUUUCUGCAGAUGAGACAUUUUGAUGGAAACAUUGUUAUUGUAUUUGAUAUGACACUUCAUUUAAUAUUAGCCAUUGAUCAAUGUGAGCAUUUUGUGAUUUUUUUGUAAAUCCAGUCAAUAACUCAUUUUUAUGAAAAUAUGAAUUAUAAAAGGAGACCUUAAAAUGUGUACCGCAAUGCCUUGUAAGUUGUCAGUAUUUUAAAUAAACUGUGUUAUAAUGAUAUGCAAAAAUAA